CUAUAUUUAGAUCUUUCCAUUUAUUCAAUCCGUUCUAUUCAUUUCAAUGGCCGUUGAGAGCAAUUAUACAAAAAAUAGUUAAAAAAAAAAUGACCAAGCGCUGGAUAAAUUUGGCCUUAUGGCUAUCGUGUCUUGUGUUAAUAAUAGAACCCAUGAAAACCAAUGAAUAUGUCAUGGACCGUUCUCCUAAACUUGAAAAAUUUACCCAUUCAAUUAGAGGAGAGUAUAUACCAAUGGAGUUUUUUAAUGCCAUGAGAUCGGCUGAUCUGUCUAAGCAAUCAUUACAAAAUCAAUUACGAAAUUUUCUUGAAAAUCUUCAGAAAAAUCUGACAACGUCUGAUGUGCCAAAUGUUAUUGAAGAUCAUCAUCAGAACACACAAUAUCAAAUAACAAAAUUUCGAGAGUUAUCGGAUUUCUUUUAUAUAACUGCCGAAGUGUCUAAAAAUUUCUCACAUGAUUCGGAAAUGUACUACGAAGUUGCAAAAAACUCAAGUUAUACUCUUUUGUUGCAGCUUCGCCAGAUCCCUUCGACGCUACCUACAGUGGUUAAACUGUUAUUAACAAAUUAUUUUGCAGAAAUGGAAUUCUUUCACAUUAUGUUCUCGGAAAUUAUAGACGAAGUGCUAGAGUACACGCAGAACACGUUGCUUGCAAUUCAAAAUACAUUCACAUACUAUGCGGAUGUUCAGAGAUUUGUUUUGGACAACUGGAAUUUUAAAAGCGACGUUAGUUGCUGCAAAGAAUAUAUGGAAUUCUUGCAACUGUAUUCAGCUCAAAUUUUUAAAUGCACUGCUGGUCAUAAUCUUAACGUUGCAUUUGACGUAUUUGCCAUGAGUGAACUUACCAGCAAGUAUAUAAUGCGCCAACUGGAAUUUCGGAUUCAGCGACUAUUCAACUGCUUUUAUUUCGGAAAUUUUGAAAUUCGAUGUAAAUUUCUUCAAAAUGCCGAAAGUGACUUCGAAGUACUGUUCAAUAAAAUCGAAGAUCUAGAAAUAUAUUAUGAUAUUAAAACAAAGAAUGGUCGCGUAUCAUCUCUUAGACUUCGACGUCGAAUAACUACUGAAGAGGAUUCAAAUACCCCAAGAGCUCAUACUGACUGUAUACCAAAAGAAUUUCCACUCGGGCAAAUGCAUAACAAUUUAAAACAAUGUUUUUAUAAUAUACAAAAAUAUUAAAAGAUACUGUCUUAUUUUUUAACCUGUUAGCUUAUUAAUAAUCAAACCAAAAAUCAUCUGAAGAAAUUUAAAAUUAUACUUAAUAAUGUGGCAAUAUCAGAGGUCGCAACUAAGAUAAUAAACAAAUAAAUAAAUAAAUAAGAAAAUAAAUAAAUAACAGUCCAGACAUAUUUCUGAAGUGGUCUGCUCAUUUCAAAAACAGAAAAAAU